AGUAACACACAGGAAGAUGGCCGAAUUUAAGGAUGCUUGCAUCCCACAUCAUGACUGGCCGGCUACUAUUAUGUCAGUUGAUUGCACUGGUAGUCAUGUUGUCCUUGGAGCGAGAAAGGGACUGGGUUUUAUCAAGAUGGACAAUCCAUCAGUCAUUGCUAAGAAGGUCAUGAGAAACAGCAAAUGGGAAUGUGGAACUACUGAAUGGAAUCCACAUCUUUCUCACAAAGACAUACUGGCAUCUGUAUCCAAYCAAAAAGCAGAGAUUUGGAGAUGGAGAGAAGGGAGUGGUGUUCAACAGCARAUUCUCAGAGCACAUACAAGAGCAAUAAGUGAUUUGAACUGGUCUUGGUAUGACCCUCAGUUGAUAUCCACAUGUUCAGUUGAUCAGUUUGUUUAUAUCUGGGAUCUUAGAGAUAGCAAGAAACCUGCCACUUCUCUGCAAGCAGUUGUUGGUGCUUCUCAAGUAAAGUGGAACAGAGAAGACAGGAAUGUUCUUGCCACAAGUCAUGAUGGUGACAUAAGAGUUUGGGAUCUUAGAAAAGGUAACACUCCAGUAGUGUACAUUACAGCUCACCUAUCCAAGGUCCAUGGUAUAGACUGGUCACAUCAUAGUGGUACCUCACUGGCAACUUGUAGUAACGACUCCACAGUUAAGUUGUGGAAUACUAAAAACCCUCAGCAACCCGAAGCAAAAUUGAAUGCCAGUUAUCCUGUAUGGAGAGCACGAUACACGCCCUUUGGUCAUGGUUUGGUGACUGUAGUUGUACCUCAACUCCGUCGAGGUGAAAACAGCUUAUGUCUGUGGAACACAGUGGACAUGACCUCCACAGUACCUCCCCCUGUGCAUACAUUUGAAGGACACACUGAUGUGGUGUUGGAUUUUCAUUGGAGAUCUCAUGCUGACAAUGGAGAAGAAGAGUUCCAGCUUAUCUCAUGGUCUAAAGAUAACUGCCUGAGACUGUGGGCAGUAGAACCACUAACUAUUGCUGCAUGCAGCGACAAGCCACAGGGUGACCGCGAUGGAGUUAUAAACCUGUCUGUGGAGGCGUUAGCAGGUGGGAACCAGAUGAAUGGAUCUUUUGAGGUCAUUAAAGACAAACGUUCGUCUUCUACACCUCAAACACUGCAGCAGGAAUUCGCUUUGAUUAACGUUAAUAUUCCUAACGUUAUCGUGGAACAGAUGGAUGCUAGUCAGCGGUGUUGCACGCUAUCAGUAGCCAGUAGUACCAAGGUGACUCUAUCUAUCCACUUCCCAUCGAUGUAUCCUGACAACGCCAUCCCGUCCUUUGAAUUCACACCUGACACAACUUUACCGCUCAAUACAAAGACUAAACUAAUCAAGACACUACGAGAAACAGCACAGAACCAUGUUAAACUGAAUCAGACAUGCCUGGAGCCGUGCUUAAGACAACUUGUCAGUCAUCUGGAAGAAGUGGCGGUUCAAGAAGAACGAGUCAUGGAUCUCCCACCCCAGAUCCCUUAUCGACGUGACCCAGUGACGUAUGGUAGUUACCAGGACGCGGCCAUUCCUUUCCCCAGGACAUCGGGAGCACGGUUCGCAGCUAACGGUCUUCUUGUUUGUUUUACUCGUCCAAACGCAUCAAAUGAACCCACCCCAAGAUCUCUGUCAGCCCUGUCUGCGUACAAUUGUCGUCCAGGAAGCGGACCAGCUCUGCCACCUUUAAUCAAGUCUAGUAACACCCUUACCGUAAACCCAAGACAUUCACACACUUUCAGUUCCUUUGGCAAGCAGUUGCUUGGAGGAUCUCAAAGAAAGGGAAUAUUGAGAACGCUAAGCCAGGAAGGAUCAAACCGUCAUAUGUCAAGCCGAAACGCCUCUACUUCCGGUAUCGUGGAGAUUCGUGACGUCAGCGUCCUUAUGCCUUUACAUCAAACCUUAGCUCAAGCUUACACACUUGAAGGAAAUGACGUAGUAGAAAUAUGCAAGAAGAACCAAUCAGCUGCGAUGUCUGUGGGUCGAAGGGACUUGGUACAAACAUGGUCCCUUUUAGCACUGGUGCUGGACAGGACAUUGGCUCAAUUUGCAGAGAUUGUUGAUAUAACUCCAUGGGCAAGGCACCCUUUUGGAAGGGACCUUAUCAAGUCGCUGAUGAAUUACUAUCUAAAGAUCCAUGAUAUCCAAACACUUGGUAUGCUGGCCUGUAUCAUGUGCCAUCCAUCGCUACCAGAACCCCUCAAACCCCCAAAGGUCCUCCCCGCAGCUCACUUACCAGGCAGCAAGUCUUUCACCUUUGGAACGACUUUGAUCAGCUCAUCUCCUCCAAUUAUCUACGAAACAGCUUUUCCUACCAUCAAGAGAACGAAGUCAGCUGCUAGCAGUGCUAAUACAACAGAGCCCAGCCCAAGUGAAAUGCCUUGGAGCGAAGUAUCUAUGCCAUAUGAUAGCUGGACUCCUCCAGAGUUUAUUGUCAAGAAAGAUUUGAUGGAAGAACUAAGGAAAAAACACGAAAACAGCUGCAGAAUGACCAAGUCCAAUAAAGUUUCCCUCCACGACCACUUCAAGAGACUAUACUCUGAUGUUCUGUACCGAUGGAACAUGCUGGACAAGAGAGUCGAGGUUUUGAAAUUUUUAAGUAAGCCACAAGAGACAGGAAAAGGCAUAGAAUUCAGUACACGAUGUUUUAAGUGUCGACAGAAGAUCAUUGGUGCGCAUUGUGUUUCGUGUAUGAGGUUUGGUCUCCAGUGCUCUAUAUGUAACGUGGCUGUUAGAGGUGCCAGUAACAUAUGCAUAGCCUGUGGUCAUGGAGGACACACCUAUCACAUGAUUAAGUGGUUUGAAACCAUGAAUGUCUGCCCUACAGGGUGUGGCUGCGUUUGUUUCAAGGAUGGACAGUUAAUCUCAGAAUGAAAUCUGCGCAUGCGUAUUAGCCAGAAUCUGUGACUGCUUCGUGGCGCAUAGAAUUGUGGUUCUUAAUUUGAAGAUGCGAGACGGUGGGCAUAAAGACAAGUUUUCCAUCCCUCAUUCCAUACGUAAUCACUGCCGUAUUCAGACGAAUUGUUUCUAAAAUGUAAUACUAGUGAGAACGAAAUUUAUAUUAGGUAAUAUAUUGUAGGGCAUGGAAAUAUUUGGGAUAUCAUCAGGAACCCAGUGUGGCUCGUUGCUUUUCCUUCGCUGGUAGCGAGAAAUUGCUUACUAUCAAUCACGUGAGUUUUUGGAGUUGACUGGGGGCAACUAGCGGAUGCUAAGUCAAAACAUAUCAAAAUAUUGUAUUUGACUAUUUUCACGACAUCAAACCAGAAAACAAGAGAUCAAAACAACCUCCAGGAUUCUACAAGCCAUCAAAAAAGAGCUAUUACCGGAAGUGACGUCUAUUGAUAGCAACCUAUAAAGCGACGGAAGUUGACCCCUGGAUUCCUGAGGAUGAUGUAUUUGGGACGGUUACCACCAGAUAAAUUUACUGAAUAUAAGCUAUAAACAAAUAUUGAUAGUCCUGAAUGUAAAUAAUGAAUGCAAUGCCAUUUAGUUUUGUACAAAGACACGCGAUAACCAUCCUUAAAGGAUAAUUUGUAAAAAAGAAACAAAUCAACGAAAUAAAGUAUUGUAUACAUUCUAA